AUGUUCUUGUAUUAUUUGUUCUUUUUAUCGCUCAUUUUUGGUAUUCAAGCUCAAACUCAACCAUUAUCAAGUCAAAGUUUGACGCCAACACCUACUCUUACUAUUACAAAUAGCAUAUCUUCAAUUAUUACUACUACUACUACUAAUACUACUAAUAUUAAUACUACAACUCUUGUCAAUCAAACUUUAAAUUCAACCUCAAUGAUCAACACAACCACUGCAACAAUAAUGCCUAACAGUACCAUCUCAUUUGCUACUAUUACUUCUUUUUCACCUUCUCUUUUCACUCAUUUCUCUGAUUUGUUUACACACAAUGUGACAGGAACAAAUUCUUCUAUGAGCUUAAAGCCCACACAAUCUGCACCUUAUCCAGAUGAUACAAUUGGUAAAUAUGGUCGAUUGCAUAUUUCAGCUGCUACUGCUUUUACGCCAUGCUUUUACUAUCGUAUUGUUGCUUUUCUAGUGCUCUCUGUACUCUUUUAG